AUGGUAGAGAAUCUUUCUAUAGACCCGUGGCAGGUACAUGCCUUUGCCUUGUGGCGCCUGUUUUUCUGGAAAGAGCGCUGUGACCCCUUGAUCAGCCUCAAGCACUUCCCUGGAUGGGACGGGGGCUGGUACAUGUGGGGCUCCUCCCCUCCCCCAGACCCCGUCUGGGCUGCCGAGUCGAAGUCCGGUGACAAGAUGGAAGAGAACGACCAGGGCGGAGGCGGCGAUUAG